GGCAUCCAAUGCCGGGAUGAUUAUAACGAAGCUCCUCCUGCUGCCGAAGGUCUUCUCUCGACUCCUGAUGUCUCGACUCGAUUGAUCUGAUUGAUAUCAGGCAGCCUUGCUUCCAUCUUUCCUUUUUCUCGAAUCCAUUUCCAGGGUUCAUUACUGCCGAGUUUUCUGAUUGCUUCCACUGACUAGACUGCAAUACUCUACGUCAGUGCUGCUACAGCUGCGCUCUUUCCCACUUUGAGCAGCACAUUCCAUCGAGACUUACCCUGCCAGAGUCCCCUCAUCAACAUGUUCAGCAGCAGAAGACAACAACCCUCAAACAGCUUCUCGUCAAGAUAUGGAACUAGCAAAUAUACUAAGCAGAAGGCCCCUAGCUCCUUUCGUGAGCAGUCGAUCACAAGGGGCAUGCAGAGAUCGGAAUCUGUGAAGUCUGCAAGAAGAGAACAUGGCAGUCACACAAGCCCAGCCGUCGGCAGCACCCUCACCUCCGCCAUCAUUACCAUCUGUGUUGGUCCCGACCAAAGACUCUUUGCCAGCCACGAAGAAAUCAUCUCUCGUUCACCUUUCUUCCAAUCUCUAUGCAAGGACCAGUUCUUCGAGAACCAUUCUCGAAGAAUCACCUUGCCCGAUGAACAGCCAGAGAUCCUGUCUGCCGUUCUAGAAUAUCUCUACAAGGGAGACUACUACCCGAAAUUGCUCCACAAUAAAAGAAAGGAUACGUGGGAACUGGAAGACGAAGGAAAUGGUGCCAAUACUACAAUCUAUCAUCAUGCUGCCAAGGAGAAUCUGAUGAAAGACACAGUCAUUUACUGCUCUGCCGAGCUAUACGGUCUUGAAGACUUGAAACGUCUUGCCCUUCGCAAGCAAGGCCUACGAUCGGGCAUGGCAAUAUCUACCAUUCUAGCUUCAGCAAGAUAUGCCUACAACCAUACUCCAGACUCGGAUUCAAAGCUCCGAGCUCAGUAUCUCACCUUCAUCAUCCGCAGUCGCAACAACUUCAAGAAGAGCGGCACUAUGAAGGUCGAGAUGGAGCAAGGCGGCACCGCUUUGUUCUUCGACCUCUUCGUCGCUAUGUGUAACCACAUGGAUGACCUGAAAACCAUGCGCUCGCCGUGGUCGUCACCAUUUACUCGCUAGAUCGAGAACAAUGUACCAGCUCACCUACAAGAUUGCCAGGUCGCCACUUUGCAUCUCAAAUUGUUUCUUGGUAAGAGAACACAGGAGUCAUGGGUUGCUUUGCAUGUAUCAUUAUUACAAUAACCCAAAAAUGUCUGUUUGUCGAUCCGACUGGAAGAUUGUUGCCAGUACAAGACUGUAAAAUUUAGGUCUUUUCGCCGCUGGCGAUGCGAGGAGCAGAAUCAAGGGAGAAUGCUUGGAUGCAAUGCAAUCCCAGGCAACUCGAUAUGCUAUCUGCAAUGCAAUGCUCAAUUUUCAAGGGA